AUGGAACUGAAGCACUUCGCGAUAGUGCCAUUGCUAUGUUUGUGCGGUUUAUCGGGUCCGGCGAUGUGCAUCGAGAACCUGCUAGUCGACCAGCUCAGACUGGAUUUUCUGAGACUGGAAGACGAACUGUGGGACUUGGUGCUGGAUAGGAACCAUCGUACCGGUUUGGACGAUCCGGGACUAGAGAUCAUCAGCAAAUUUCAUACGUUCGACAAUACCAAGAUGAAUCAAAUGCCGCAAGGACUUCUACACGGUCUACGAGUCGCCAGGCAAGCCGACACCUUCCUGUUGCUCUACUCCGAUCUGAAGACCAUCGACGACAUGUACCACAAGUUCAGGAAAUAUCUGUCGAAGAAUAUGAUGCCCACCAACAAAGAGGACUACAACGAGUACAGGCGGGAGAUUUCCACCACCGAUAUGAUAGACGACAUCCUCUACGAUGUCAACAACGUCAACAAAACGACGAGGCAGAUCGUCGGUCACGUGUUCACAGAUCAACCGGAUUUGCUUUGGAAAAUAUUGGAUAUACUUUCUUCAGACGAUUUCAACUGCAAAUAUCCCAACCAACCGAUGCAACAAGUAUUUUAUAACCUCUACACCACCGUGGCAUUGGCAGAUUUGAAAGGAUAUGUGAUGGCGCAGUUCGCCUAUUUGGCCUUGAGAGUGCAAGAAAAAGGUAAUCAUACAGAAGUUGCAUUGAGGGCUAGAAAUGAAUACAAACUGAGAGUGAAUAAUACUAUCUCCACGAUGCGGGGUGCUAUAGAAAUCACAUCUGGAAAAAUAUGGAGAUGUGACCCAAAACACCAUGUAAAAGGAGUCACUUACGAUGAAGUGACGCGCCUUCUACAGGGUCACAUCCAAAAUGAGGUGGACCUGAAUGAGGACGGCACGUGUACAGGCACGUGUGCCGAUUACUACUCCACCAAAAGUUACGGCUGUUAUGACGGCGAAAGCGAGUAUUGCAAGAAAAUGAAACCGUGCUACGGUAAGAUACUGGACUGCCGCUUCGUCGAAUCCAAUCUGAAAGCUUGUAUAGCACCGGUGUGGGAUUCGCGUAGAUACGAAUACAUCGAAUUCAAGAGUGGCUUGAUGAUGGGUGAGAAAAGCCGAUGCAACAACAAGAACGUCUUCAGCUGGAACCGAUGGUUCGUACACUGUUCUAACUGCAUUUGCCUAUGCGACGAACAGGGAUCCCAGUCGGACAGAUAUUUCAGUUUGAGACCGGUCAUGGCUGACGUUCAAUAUAACAGGGUUGUUACUGGCUUGAGGUUCAUCAAGCAUAACCGCAUUUUCCAUUUACAAAUCCAAGAAGGCGAACUGCUUCCUUAUGGAUACAUAGACAACAGCACAGUAAGAUGGGUGCCCGUGGACGAUUUCAGAAUCACUACCCCCGGCGUCAAAAAGGGACAGGACUACCACACGAUGGAUCACGAGGAACGGACAAUGUUCAUGGAUAAUCUGGCAGUCGAGAAACAAAAUCACGUGAUAACAGGUGUUAAAUUCGAUUUGAAAGGUGGAAAUUUACAACUGAAGAUAAAUGUUAGAGAAUUUGAUUUCAAGAGCGGCCAACUCUCCUACAAUUUUCACCAUUUAUCUGGAGUAGGAUACGGACAAAAAAUUGACAUUUCCUACCCAGACAUUCCCAUCAAGGCUCCCCAUUCGACCCCGGAAUGGGACUAUCCAACGUUCGUUCGUUUCACCCACACAGAUUUCAACAAGGACUUGGCUCAAACCACCGUGCCUUUCAUAGACAUCCAGGACGUCGCGCCCGAAGUGGCCCUGCCCUUGAGGGCGUUGGGCAUCUACUACAAGGGCAAGAAAGGGUAUGGAGGGUUCGUGGCGCCCACCAUAACCACGUACGACUUCGGGCAGCAUCUGGAAGUCGAUUUUCCGGAGGCGAACCAGAGGAUUGAUCAAGAGGAGCUAUUCAAGGUGUUGCCGAAUUGA